UAAAGAGAGGAGCCAUAUCCAAUGAGUCGAAAAAAGAACUGAAGAUGAAAAUGUUCUCCUUCAAAUUUUUUUCAGCAUUUAUGAAAAUAAUCCUUGUUGUGAUUACGAUCAGCUUAGUAACCAUCGACACUAUUGCCAGUGAAGCAGCCGCACUGCCAACUUAUCUCUCUCACGCCUGUGAAAACUCCACAACUUUCACUUCUAACAGUACCUAUGCAUACAACCUCAACGUCCUCCUCUAUAAACUUGACGCCUGCGCCUCCAACGACAGUGACUUCAGCUAUGUACCCGACACGAGCAAACCUUCCGACCCUGUUUUCGGCCUAUUUCUCUGCCGUGGAGACGUCACCAGCCUCAUCUGUCAAGAUUGCGUCGUCAACGCUUACAUAGAGAUACAAAGACUGUGCCCGGUCGAGAAAGACGCCGUAAUCUGGUACGAGGAGUGCUUAUUGCGCUAUUCCGACCAGCCCAUCUAUGCAAUCUCUGAGACAAACCCAGUGAAGUCCAUUCUCGGCUCCAGAACUGCUAGUACUAAUAAUGUUAUGGAUGACAAUCAGUUGCUAUUGCUGGACAACAUGGUUAACACGCUAGCCGUUAAAGCGGCGAAUAUUUCUGAUGAGCAGACCAAGAAGUUUGCUACCGGUGAGCAGAAUUUCACCGGCUCCGAGACUGUGUACGGAUUAGCGCAGUGUACUCCGGACUUGUCGGUAGCAGGUUGUAGUACGUGUUUACGGUCAGCCAUAAAGGAGAUUCAGACAUGCUGCAACGGGCAACGGAGCGCAAGGAUUCUUCUGCCAAGCUGUUUUAUCAUGUAUGAUUUAUACAUGUUUUUCAACGAUACAGCAUUGGAGACUCCUACUCCUCCACCUCCUCCACCAGGAAAGAAAAAAAUUUCGUCAGUAGCCAUUGUUGCUAUUGUGGUUCCACUUGGUGUUACUGCCUUGGUUGUUGUUACCGCGGGUGGCUAUUUCAUUCGCAGAAGAGCAAGAAAAAAAUAUAAUGCUCUAAUUACUCAAGAAACUGCUGCCAAUGAUAUCACUAUGAAAGACUCCUUGCAGUUUGAUUUUAAAAGUAUCGAAACUGCCACAACCAAGUUUUCUGAUUAUAACAUGUUAGGUAAAGGCGGAUUUGGUGAAGUUUAUAAGGGAACGCUUCCAAAUGGACGAGAAAUAGCUGUCAAAAGGUUAUCCAAGAGCUCUGGACAAGGUGCAUUGGAGUUUAAGAAUGAGGUUGUGUUAGUAGCAAAGCUUCAACACAGAAAUCUCGUAAGGCUUUUGGGAUUUUGCUUGGAUGGAGAUGAAAGGAUACUUGUCUAUGAAUACGUGCCCAACAAAAGCCGUGAUUAUUUUUUGUUCGAUCCAAAAAAACAAGGUCAAUUGAAUUGGUCGGCAAGAUGCAACAUAAUUGAAGGAAUUGCUCGAGGAAUUCUAUAUUUGCAUGAGGAUUCUCGGCUAAAAAUCAUACACCGUGAUCUCAAAGCAAGCAAUAUCUUGCUAGAUAAGAGAAUGAAUCCGAAAGUAUCAGAUUUCGGCAUGGCCAAGAUGUUUGGAGUAGACCAAACUCAAGGAAACACUAGAAGAAUUGUUGGAACUUAUGGUUACAUGGCCCCAGAAUAUGCUAUGGAAGGAUUGUAUUCCAUAAAGUCUGAUGUUUUUAGUUUUGGAGUGCUCUUGCUUGAGAUUCUAAGUGGGAGGAGGAACACUAGCUUUCACAUAACAGAUUGUGCGCUUAGCCUGGUAGCAUAUGCAUGGCAAUUAUGGAAUGAAGGGAAAGCAUUGGACUUAGUGGAUCCAUGUUUGGGAGACUCAUGUCAUCCAAACGAAGUUUUGAGAUGCAUCCAAAUUGGGUUAUUGUGCGUUCAAGAAGACGCAUUAUUAAGGCCUACCAUGUCAUCAGUUGUUCUAAUGCUAAAAAGCGAAACUCAGAGUCUUUCUCAACCUGAACGACCUGCCUUUAUUACUAGUCGAUACACCAGCCACCAAGAAAUAAUCGUUGUUAAUAGUUGUUCUGUCAAUGAGAUUACAGUUUCUGAUUUUCUACCCAGAUGAUGAGCGAGACAAGAAAUUGUAGAAUCAUAAAACUAAUGUAUUGUAUAAUUUCCUUCAACUCAAUCGUAGUUGCUUGGAUUCUCGCUGCACUUUCUGUAACACCCUAAAAAAUUAU